AUGCUGAAUAUGAUCACGGGAAAUUUCGUUCUCAACAUGAAACCUCGCUGCUCCCCAGUGACCGGUGAAGGUGGAUAUGAAGUCCUUUGUACCUUCGACCUCUUGGAUGUAUCCAAGGACAAAGCUGAAGUUGGCCACGUUCCAGACAACAAAUUGUCCCAGUACUUCCGUCCGAAACUGCCGUGCUCGGUGGAUCGUUUCCAGGCUGCCUUCGUGCCAAGAACCGAGUAUUGCAAAAACCACAAUUAUUUACUCACAGCUGUUUUCAAGAUGAUUAAGGCCACAAAUCCUGACUUUCGCUUCGAUGGCAUUGACAUCGUUAUCCACCGUAACACUUUGAUGCUUUUUGGGAAUACGCUCAUUAUCCGUUUCGACGAAAGCGAGACUCACAAAGAAUACUGGACUCUACCCUAUGAUGUUCAUACACUACGUCUUGUAGCUUCAACAAAGCCAUUUCAGGAUCUGCAUCGCGUCGUGAAAUACGAUCUUGGAGGCCUCUCAUGCUUGGUUAUUGUCGAACUUGAUGUAACAUUGCCUGCAACCGAUGCCACUCAGAAACCCAAACGCAAGAAACAUCGAAAAGGAAAGGAUGCGCCCAAGCGAGGAAACGCCGACAAGCAGUCUAGUACUGAAUGCCCUGCCGCCGUCUUCUAUCGUAGAGAAAAUUCACCAGAUGACCUACAACCCGAGAAUAGCUUUAUAUGGUUUACAAGACACGAGAGCUUCAUCGCUGGGAAAUACGCCGUGAACUCGGCCAGAGAUGAGACAUGGCUACAAGAUUUUACCCUCAUACGAACGAGUCCUUCCACAGAAUAG